UCAUAUGUUAUCUGCUUCCUUACCUGCAGCGCGUUUGGUGCCUCGCUUCUACAUUGCGACUUACCUUGCUCCAAGGUCCCACUGUAGGCGCCCGUUAUCUACUAUGGCCACUUCCGACUUUUACUCGUUGAGCGCGCAAACUCUUGAUGGAAAGACGCUUGACUUCUCGACACUCCAAUCGAAAGUGGUCCUGAUUGUCAACGUUGCUUCAAAGUGUGGCUUUACCGGUCAGUAUGCUGGCCUCCAACAGCUCUAUGACACGUACAAGGAUCGCGGACUCGUCAUCCUCGGAUUCCCCUGCAACCAGUUUGGCAACCAGGAGCCGGGCGCCCCCGAAGAGAUCACCACCUUCUGCUCCCGCAACUACGGAGUCAGCUUCCCCAUCAUGGCCAAGACGGACGUCAAUGGAGACAACGCGCAUCCCGUGUACAAGUACCUAAAAAGCCAGAGGCGGCAACUGAUGAUGGAGAUGGUGAAGUGGAACUUUGAGAAGUUCCUUGUGGACCGGCAGGGGCAGGUGGUGGGGCGCUUCUCCAGCAUGGCCACCCCCGCCAGCCUGGGGGCGGAGAUCGAGAAGCUGCUGUAGUGCGGGAAAGCUGCUGUGAUGAGGGGCGGAAGAGAGGUGCUGGUACUAUGAGGUUUGUUAGGGUGCGCUGUGAGGAAGAGGAAGUGCUGUAGGGGAACAACGAAAGCCAAAUGUAACAAACGGAGCCGAAACCAACAACCCCAAAAGUUCUGGGGCUGUGUGGGGGCGCUGCAAGGGGGUGUGUGAGCGACCGUUAUGAACGACUGUGAUGAGCGUGUGAGGACAUGUGCACC